AGCGUCUGCAGUGAGAGUGAUGUGGCUCGGCCCUCGUGGUUUAUACAACUCUUUACUUAUGGACUUUAAUUAGAAGCUCAACAGGGAAACGUUCUGAGAGGAAAUGGAAAGAAUCAUCGUUAAAGAGCGAAGAUUGAGAUCCUGGCAUCAAACACGUAAAGACAAUAUUCUUUUUUCUUUUAAUCACUGGGCUGUAAACACUGGGAGCAGUGAACAGAACCUCUGGGUCUAUUUGUAGAGCAGAAUAAGGAGCAGCCCUCUGGAGGUGGAGGGGAGGUCUGCUCCACUUGGAGGAGCUGAUGCUGGGAUGGGACCUGGGGGUGUUUCUCUGCUGGUUUAACGGGGAACUUGACACUGAGUCUGCUUGUGGUCAUUUCUCUUCCCAGUAAUCUGUCCCACAGGGCGGGGGGGGCGACGUGUCUUACUUUUAGUUUCAGUGUAGUUUUACGCAGCCACUUAACACGUUGUGCUCCGGUGAAGCAGCCCAGCCCGCGGAGAGAGGGUUUCUGGAGGAGGGGGGGAGCAGAGGGAACUGGCAGCCGACGGUCCCGGGGCAGGUCCUGCUGCUGCGCCGCCAAGAGUCCGGAGGCUGAGGUUUGGUCUGUGCGCACAUUCCGGGAGAAGCUCCAGAGCUGCGUCCUGCCAGAGGAGGACCUGAGAGGAGAACCUGAGAGGAGAACCCGAGAGGAGAACCCGAGAGGAGGACCUGAGAGGAGGACCUGACAGGAGGACCUGAGAGGAGAACCCGAUAGGAGGACCUGACAGGAGAACCCGAUAGGAGGACCUGAGAGGAGAACCUGACAGGAGAACCCGAGAGGAGAACCUGACAGGAGAACCCGAGAGGUGAACCCGAGAGGAGGCUCGGACCCGGACCCACUUCACUUUGUUGGGAACACACAACACUGGAUGAGUUGAGCUCUGAGGGGAAACGUGUAUUUUCUGGAGAUGUGACGUGUUGGAAAAGUUGAGGAGUUACUUCACUUUUUGGAAGCUCGUGAUUUAGAGAUGAUCCUCUCUCUCCUUGGAUUACACUUGAUAACGGAAGUGUCGCUGAAACCAAGUUGUGGAUUUAACUUUACGCACAGCGAACUCUUCUCCUUCUCUCCGUGUGUGUGACCCAGAGAUCCGCCAGUGAGCUGGGUUCCUCCAGCAGGAGCGAGGAUCUGAAGCAGAUCCUGUCACUUCCAUCUAUUAUGUGUUUGUCUUCAUCUGGAACUCAUUGAUUCGACCUCAGAUGCGCUAAAGACGCGCACGGGUCUUCAUCUGUCCCUCAGUGAGUGUUCAGCCGACUGUAUCUGACACCUCGCCACCAUGAGGGCUGCUGUUCUCUGUGGACUUCUCAUGUCUCUGCUGACCUGGACAGGAGACGCCGACAGACAGACUCGUCCCAGGCACAGGCGCGUGAGACUGGCACAUGCCCCGGAGGACGCACAGGACCAGGGGCGCCUCCUCAGACAUGUGCGUCCUGGGUUUGGCUCGGCCAUCUCGGUGCACAGCCCCAAGGGGGGGGACGAUGUUCAGGCUGAUGAGGGGGUUCCUGUUUACACCAGAACGAGGACUGUGCAGGGCCGGAGAGCAGGGGGCCAGGGGCUGGUGCCACGGAGAGGGGUGGCCGCGCGGACUACCCCCCCAACUGCACCGGACCUGCAGAGAGAUGAGGCCACUCCAGGGGCCAGAGCCCGGGUGAGCCGGAUGCCCAGCAGCGCCGGGUCACCAAACCUUCUGGCCAGCUUUGCAGGGAAGAACCGCGUGCUGGUGAUUUCUGCCCCUCAUGAAUCAGACGGUUACUACCGCCUGAUGAUGUCUCUCCUGAAACCAGACGUGUACUGCGAGCUGGCCGAGAGACAUGUCCAGCAGAUCGUCAUUUUUCACCAAGAGGGGGAAAGGGGAGGCAAGGUGAGGAGGAUCACCACGGAGGGGAAGGUGAUGGAGGAGCCGCUGGACACUGCUCUGAUCCCCAGACUGAUGAACGUCCUCAAACUGGAGAAAGGGAAGUUUGGGAUGGUGCUGCUGAAGAAGACCCUGCAGGUGGAGGAGAGGUACCCGUACCCCGUGAGGCUGGAGGCCAUGUACGAGGUGAUCGACCAGUCGCCCAUGAGGAAGCUGGAGAAGCUGCGGCAGAAGGGCUUCGUGCAGAAGUGCAGAGGAGCUGGUGUGGAGGGUCAAGUGGAGGAGGGCACGCCCACAGCCGUAGACACACCUGUAGAAAGAAAACCAGGGAAGAAGAUCCCACGGAAACCCACACAGGCGACAACAACAACAACAACAACAACUGCUGCAACCACGACCACAACACGACCAACCACCACAACGACCCCCACAACAACAACAACAACUACAACCCGCCCCCCCACCACCACCACAACCCGAGCGACAACAACAACAACAACCAGAGCAACAACCACCAAAGCCACCACUACCAGAAGAACCACCACGACAAAGAGACCCACCACCACCAGCACCACCCAGAGGCCGACCAGAGCUCCCACCACAGCCCCGUGGCUCCCAGCACCCAGGACCACCGCUGACCCUUACUACGACCCCCGCCGAGAGAAGACCACGCCGGCCGGAGACAACCGCACCGACAAGGACAACAGAGAUCCACAGGACCGCAGGAUCGUCCCUGCUACACAGAGACCCUCCAGGAUCAAACCCACCAAGAAGAAGACCGGAGCAGAGAAGGUGUUGACCAACGAGUACGAGGACAGGUACGUUCCCAUCAAACCAACAGAGGUCGAACCCGAGGAGACCGAGUCCUUCACCAGCAUCAGCCCGACCAAGAAGGUCAAGGGCAAACACAACAAGCAGGACAAGAAGAAGAAGAAGAACGACAAGGCGGUGAAGAAAGCCGAGAGGAGAGCGAAGGCUUCGAAGGAGGGGAAGGUCGGGGGAAAGAAGAACGGGAAGAAGCCGGUGAAAUACCCCGAGACAGACGACUACCCAAGAACUACCAAGAAGCCCACGCCGCCUCCCAAAGGGUCCCUGGCCUCCUUCCUGGACUACUUCGAGAACAGGAGGCGUCUGCUGCUGGUCACGGCCCCCGGCGAGGACCACAGGAUGUAUGCUCAGCAGAGGGACGAGUACCUGGAGUCGGUGUGUGAGAUGGCCAUCAGGAAAGUGUCCAUCAUCACCAUCUUCGGCUCCCUCACCAACUCCACCAUGAAGAUCGACCACUACCAGCUGGAGAACGACAAGUCGAUGAAGGGUCUUCGUCAGGAGGACCUGGUGAACCAGGACCUGAUCACAGAGCUGAGGAAGGAGUUCAGCAUGAUGCACGAUGACUUCUACAUGGUGCUGACCGACACCGACAUGAGGGUCAAGCAAUCCUACGAGGUCCCCAUCGCCAUGAAGGCCGUGUUCAACUACAUCGACACCUUCUCCUCCCGCAUCCGAGAGAUGGAGCAGCAGAAGAGGGACGGAGUCGAGUGCAAGAAGGAGGACAAGCCCCGGUCGCUGGAGAACUUCCUCUCCAGGUUCCGAUGGAGACGUCGCCUGUUCAUCAUCUCCGCCCCCAACGACGAGGAGUGGGCCUAUCAGCAGCAGCUCUACGCCCUGAACAGCCAGGCCUGCAACCUGGGUCUGAGGCACAUCUCCAUCCUGAAGCUGGCUGGCACGGACCUGGCAGACAUGGGCGGAGUCCUGGAACUUUAUCCAAUCAAUGGCAGUGCCACGGUGGAGCGUGAGGGCCUGUCGGGGAGCCUGGUGAAGGACAUGAGGAACUACUUCCAGAUCAGCCCAGAGUACUUCUCCAUGCUGCUGGUGGGGAAGGACGGGAACGUGAAGUCCUGGUACCCCUCGCCCAUGUACUCCAUGGCCAUCAUCUACGACCUGGUGGACUCCAUGCAGCUGCGCAGACAGGAGAUGGCCAUCCAGCAGUCCCUGGGCAUGCGCUGUCCCGAGGACGAGUACGGUGGGUAUGGUUACCACCAACAUGGAUAUGAACACGGGUACCAGGACGGCUAUCACCAGGGCUAUGGCUACUAACUGGUGGGGGGGGCGUGAUCUGACCGAGGACGCACGAGUCAACGUGUCCUCGCAGCUGGUGCUUGUCUUCCUUCAGCCCCUGUGGUCCUGAAUGUCUUCCAGCACUCAGUGGAAGCUGCUGCCUUCACCUCUCCACUUCUUUCACGUGUAACAGUCGGUUCCUUUGAUGCCUUUGAUCUGAGCUGGUAAUCCAGCCAAUGGGCAGAUGAGGCUCAGGGAUCUGUUGAAUACUUCAGUGCUUUACACCUUGUUGCUUUAAGUUUCCUUAACUUCAGGUCAAAUUCACAUCGUGGUGUUUCCAGCACAGACCUUUAUUUUGUAGAUAUCGGGCUGAAAUAAGACAUUUAUGUAUUUAUUGGACAUCUGCUGCAUCCGAGGUGCAGUUAUCGACUAUCGUAUGAAACUGAAUCACGUUUUUUCUCCUUUGUAAAGUUUCUUUGCUAAACAAUGUUCUUAUUUAUACUCUAUUGUCCUAUAUGAAAAUAAACAUUUGAUUGUUA